AUGCCGAACAACGUACCGUCCAAGAAGCAAUGGGCGCAAGCGUUCUGUGUGGCCCCACAAAACGUAGUGCAUAAGAUCCACAAGAUUUUAUCUGCCGAUGGCGAUGGUUCCAAGCAAGCCUCUGGAGCAUUCAAACGAAAGUGCGGCCAGAUCAACGCAGGUACCCAGAAAUGCUUCAAGGCCUUGUCUGUGAAAGGUGAGAAAGAAGAAGACAUCAGAUUCUAUGCUGGAGAUCUUCCCAUGAUGCUGGAAUAUAUAUGUGGGAACACUGGCUGGUAUAGAAACCGUCUCUUUGCCAUCCCAAAUCAUACCGUAUCGCUGGUUCUCACAGCGGAUGAAUGCACUGGGGGAAACGUACUGAGCGUAGCCACAUCGAAAAAAGUUCUUAUGGUGUACUGUGCCAUUUUGGAACUGGGAGAACUUCAUAGACCUGGAGCGUAUCUUCCUCUGGCGGCCAUUCCAGCACGUGAUGUCGCUGGUAUCAAAGGACCCGGCACAAGUGCAAUUUUUGUAGCCUUGUUGCAAUUCUUUCAGAGGGAAGGAUGGUUCAACGGUUUCACGGUGCUGGGUGCAGCAUUUCAAUUAAAACUUUUCACAUAUCUUGGAGACUAUGAGUCUGUCCGAGCGGUUUUUGGAUCCCGCGGUGCAAGUGCCAUCAGACCAUGCUGCCUCUGCAUGAAUGUCUUGGCGAAGGGCCGAGUGGAAGCAGAAAGAGACAAUUACUUUACGACAAUUGAAGAAGCUUCGACAUCGAACUGCCAACCCUAUGAUACAGAGGAAUUGUUUCAACUGUACGACCGCUACCUGAGAGAGUUUCCGAACAUGUCAAAGCGUCAAGCAGAAGAAGAAGAGAAGUUUUUUGGUUGGAAUGUGGAUCCUGCUUCCUUAAUGGCGAAACCAGACUUGCGAGCACUUCUCUCGCUGAAGCAUUUGUCUCCAUCGGCCAUCGGGCAUCUCUUUCAUCCUUCUCUUUGGAAUGGUACAUGUCACAAAGGUGAAGCCACUGCAUCCUGGUAUUUGCUUCCACUGCUUGGAUUCUACGGGUUCGAAUUGCUCGACGGUCAAGAUCCACUUGAAUGGCAAAGCUUCAAAGCAUUGCUUGAGGUCUUUCAUGCACUACGAGAAGUCCGACGAAGUCUCGAGUGGACAAGGAGCUUAGCGUUAGCACAAGAGAAACAUCAGCGUCUUUUCGUGGCUUGCUAUCCUGGCCAAGUCCGACCAAAGCAUCAUUUGCGGCUUCAUCUGCCAGCACUCUACGAGAAAUUUGGAGUUUACAUCGACAUGUUUCCCACCGAAGCACGUCACAAACUGUACAAAAGAAUGCUUGCAGAUUGCUUACAAUAUCUAUGGUCCGAAAAAGACGGCAAGAUGGGUUUGCAUAUCCUGGGUCGAAUGCUGAAUAUGAUCACACAGCAACUCAUCGACAAACCAUGGUGCAAUGAGAUGCUGCCACCGGUUUAUUCUGCUGAAGAUGUCGAGAAAGAAAUGCCCGGAACUGACGCGGAAAUCAGUGCAGGGUAUGCCUUUGGAAGCUUGCAGAUCAAACGAGAACAAGUGGUGCUUUGGCAGCAUGGUGCUGGGAUC